AUGUACAGCCAAGUCGAGCAUCCCGCUGGAGGCUACAAGAAGCUCUUUGAGACUGUGGAGGAACUGUCCUCUCCGGUGACCGCCCACGUCACAGGCAGGAUUCCCACCUGGCUGCGAGGAAGCCUUCUGAGAUGUGGUCCUGGCUUGUUCGAGGUGGGCGCAGAGCCCUUCUAUCACCUCUUUGAUGGUCAGGCGCUCCUCCACAAGUUCGACUUCAAGGAGGGGCAUGUUACCUAUCACCGAAGGUUUAUCAGAACUGAUGCUUAUGUAAGAGCAAUGACUGAGAAAAGGAUCGUGAUAACAGAAUUUGGCACCUAUGCGUACCCAGACCCAUGCAAGAACAUCUUUUCCAGGUUUUUUUCAUACUUCAAAGGUGUGGAGGUCACUGAUAAUGCCCUUGUUAACAUCUACCCCGUCGGCGAAGAUUACUAUGCGUGUACUGAGACCAACUUUAUAACCAAAAUUAACCCAGAUACAUUAGAGACAAUUAAGCAGGUGGAUCUCUGUAAAUAUGUGUCUGUCAAUGGGGCAACGGCUCAUCCCCACAUUGAAAACGACGGGACGGUUUACAACAUCGGCAAUUGCUUUGGAAAAAACUUUGCACUUGCCUAUAACAUCAUACGGAUUCCUCCGCUUCAGGCAGACAAGGAAGAUCCGAUGAACAAGUCAGAGGUGGUGGUGCAGUUCCCUUGCAGCGACAGGUUUAAGCCCUCUUACGUUCACAGCUUUGGGCUGACCUCAAACUACAUAGUGUUUGUUGAAACACCGGUGAAAAUCAACCUCCUCAAGUUCCUCUCCUCCUGGAGCCUUUGGGGAGCCAACUACAUGGACUGCUUCGAGUCCAACGAAACCAUGGGGGUCUGGCUUCAUGUGGCAGAGAAGAAAGGCAAGCUCCUGAACAUCAAAUACCGCACCUCGGCCUUCAACCUUUUCCAUCACAUUAACACCUAUGAAGAUAAUGGAUUUCUGAUUGUCGACCUCUGCACCUGGAAGGGGUUUGAGUUUGUUUACAAUUACCUCUACUUAGCCAACUUACGAGCAAACUGGGAUGAAGUGAAGCAACAGGCAGAGAAAGCCCCGCAGCCUGAAGCCCGCAGAUACGUGCUGCCCCUGAACAUCGACAAGGCUGACACGGGCAAGAACUUGGUCACCCUGCCCUACACGACAGCUACGGCGACCCUGCGCAGCGAUGAGACCAUAUGGCUGGAGCCAGAAGUUAUUUUCUCAGGGCCACGCCACGCCUUUGAAUUUCCACAGAUCAAUUACAAGAAAUAUGGUGGGAAACCUUACACGUAUGCGUAUGGGCUGGGGCUGAAUCACUUUGUCCCAGACAGGCUUUGCAAGCUGAAUGUUAAAACAAAGGAGACAUGGGUGUGGCAGGAGCCAGACGGGUACCCAUCAGAGCCGAUCUUUGUUUCCAAUCCGGAUGCCCUAGAGGAAGAUGACGGGGUUGUGCUGAGCAUCGUGAUCAGCCCAGGCACAGGGCUGAAGCCCGCCUACCUCCUGAUCCUGAAUGCCAAAGACAUGAGCGAGGUUGCCAGGGCUGAAGUGGAGGUGAACAUUCCCGUGACGUUCCACGGACUCUUCAAAAGAGCAUGACCACUGCCUGCAACACGUCGCAUUAGGUUUCUUCCAGCUCUGAAAAGGUGCAGUCUCCUUUUACAAG